GCCUUCCCCGCGCGGCAGGUGGUGGUGUCCCGCCCCGCUAGGAGGCCAUCGACUGCGUCGGUUCGAUUGGUCAGCCUGGCUGCGCUAACGGUCGCGUAGGCGGGGCUUAAGCCGUGGGGCGGGCGCGGUGGAAGCCACAGGCAGCGACGGAGAUCAAGAUCCAGUUUCGGACAUAAGACUCACUGGGUGAUCAUUUUAUUGAGAUUAACUUGAACAACAGGUGUAAACUACGGAGGAAUCACAAUGACUGAGGGAACUCAAAUACUUUUAUUGCCGAGCUCUACUUCAGAUUCUACAAAAGAACCACUGUCUCCAGUAGCUUCUAAAGCCCAGAAUUCUAGCCUUUUAUCAAACAGACUCAUGAUUGAAAAACAGCAGGAGGAAGCAGAAUGGGAAAGCAUCAAUGGGCUGUUGAUGGCGCAUGGCUUCAGACCUCUGUGCCUAGUCAAAGGAGCCGAUCUCAGAGAUUUCAUUGUUUUUGACAAACAAUCAUCACAAAGAAUGAGGCAGAUUUUGAAAACGUUGAUGGAAGAAACAAAACGUCAUCAGAGCAUGAUACGGGAGCUCAUAGAAACAAAUCAGCAGCUUAAAAGUGAACUUCACCUAGAACAGAACCGAGCGACACACCAGGAACAGCGAGCCAAUGACCUGCAGCAGAUUAUGGACAGUGUGAAAUCCAAAAUUGGUGAAUUGGAAGAUGAAUCCCUAAACAGGGUUUGCCAGCAACAAAAUAGAAUGAAAGACCUUCAAAAGGAAUAUAAAAUGUUACAGAUGAAGUGCCAGCAUUAUAAGAAAAACCAAAUGGAGCAAGAGGAGACCAUUGCCUCUUUGAAAAAGGAGAUCCACAGAUUUGCCAGAGAGGAGGAAGAGCGUGUUGUCACUCAAAAGAGAGUGUUUGCCCAUCUCUGCAGAAGAGUUCCCCAUUCAGUCUUGGAUAAACAAUUGCUUUGUCUAAUUGAUUACUAUGAAUGUAAACUUAGAAAACUUCAUAUGCAAAGGCAGAGUGAGGAAGACGACAGUCAGUCAGAAGACAAAGACUACAUAAACCUGGGUCCCUCGUCAAAUUAUAAAGGCGUUCUGAUGUCAUUACAGAAGCAACUCAAGGAAUCAAAAUCCAAGAUCGAUGUGCUGGUAGGUGAAAAGCUGAACCUCCAGAAAGAUCUGGAAAACAGGCCCACAGAACAUGAAUUAAGACUUUACAAACAACAAGUGAAGAAACUGGAAAAAACCCUUAAGAAAAACAUAAAAUUACAAGAUCUUAUUGGUCAAAAAAAGUCUGAUGACAUGGAGAAAAAAGAUGAGCCCAGCAAAGACAACCAUCAGCAGGCUCUGGUCGACCAGAGAUACUUUCAGGUGCUGUGCAGCAUCAAUUCAAUUGUUCACAGUCCACGAGCUCCAGUAAUCAUUUAUAAGCAGAGCAAAGGAGGAGCCCCAAACUGCAGUAAAGAUAGUGUUCAAGACUGUGGAUUUGAACAUCUUGUUCCUAUCAUAGAAAUGUGGGCAGAUGAACUGACAUCCUUAAAGGAUUUGUAUAAGUCCUUAAAAAUACUGUCUGCAGAACUGGUACCUUGGCAUAGUUCAAAGAAACCAGUUGAAAAUGAAGGUGUCAAAGUAGAAGAUCUAUUGUUUAUGGUAGAUACCAUUUUGGAAGAAGUUGAAAACCAGAAAGAGACCAACAGCAUGCCAGACUCUCAAACUUUGCAAGCUAUUGUUUCUCACUUCCAAAAGCUAUUUGACGUGCAGUCUUUAAAUGGGGUCUAUCCCCGAAUGAAUGAAGUGUAUACCAGGCUUGGAGAAAUGAACAACGCUGUAAGAAACCUUCAGGAGCUCUUAGAAUUAGACAGUUCAUCGUCAUUGUGUGUGGUGGUCAGCACAGUUGGGAAAUUGUGUAAGAUGGUUAACGAGGAUGUGAAUGAGCAGGUUAAACAAGUCUUGGGACCUGAGGAUCUACAAAGCAUUAUCAACAAAUUGGAAGAGCAUGAGGAAUUUUUUCCAGCGUUUCAAGCUUUUGCUAAUGAUCUUCUUGAAAUCUUAGAAAUCGAUGACUUGGACGCCAUUGUACCUGCAGUAAAGAAAUUAAAAAUACUUUCAUACUGAAAACAAAUCACAUCAAUUUUACUGUGUAAAUGGAAUUCUUAACAUUUUAAGUAUGUUUAAAGGUCUGAUCCUGAGACAAGGUUAUAAAAUAUAUCAGCUCUCAGAAUUCAUCCUCUCACCAUUGGGUCAUUCUCAAUCCAUAUAAUUUUUAUUUUUGAUUAUUUAGUAAAAUGUAGCUGUUAAGUUAUUAACAUAGUAAAUUAAUUUUAGAUUCCUGAAUCAUUUCCUAGGCAAUGUUUGAGUGCUCUAAAAUGUAAGGAAGAGAUUGUAACAAAAGAGACUCACAGAGACAUUGCAAAUUAUAGAACACUGUAGUUAACUUCAAGGUUUAAUGACCCUUUGGUCAGUUGCUUUCUAAGGCCAACCAAUAGGAAGCCUCUGUUUUCCAGGCCAGGACUAAUGGGAAUAUUCUAUUAAGAUAAACUUACAGCUGUUGCCCCGUGAAAGCAAGAAGAGAAGGCUUUAUCUUUAUAUUAAGAUAGGAAGUUAGUCAUGGAGUGAAAUAGUUGGUUAGGUAGAAGUCUUUCUGUGUCUUUAUUUGCAAUACUAUGUAAUACACUUUUAUAAAGAAAUAAGAUCACAAAUAAAGUUUUUGUAAAGAGUUCCCAAA